UAUCUUCUCGCUUAAUCUUGUUCUAUUCGGUUUUAAGAUCCGCUUAAUCUAGGAACUAAUUCGAUAGAUCACGGCUAUUAUUCGCCUUUCUCUUUCUUAAUGCCAACUCCAUCGCUCGCUUCCUCUGUGUUUCCGAUCUAAGUAAACAAACCAAUCCGAGAGAGCGCGAGAGAGAUUUGGGAGCGAGAGAGAGGGGAUUCUAGCUGCUUUGAUUUCCAGGAGGAGGAGUAGAGCGGCGAGGUAUCGAGCGGGCGAUGAGUCGACCCUAUGGCUGAUCGUAGGGAAUGGAAGGCGUGAGGGGCGGCGGCGGAGGAGGUCGGAAGGUAACGCGAGAUGGCGCCGCCGGGGGUGCCGCCUGGGAGAAGUUGGGUGGAUGCAUACAGGGGCAUGUCAGCGGACAACAUCAAGGGUUUGGUGCUUGCUUUGUCGUCCAGUUUCUUCAUAGGUGCUAGCUUCAUCGUCAAGAAGAAGGGUUUGAAGAAGGCUGGGUCUUCCGGGGUUAGGGCAGGAGCUGGAGGCUAUUCAUACUUAUACGAGCCACUUUGGUGGACAGGCAUGAUUGCAAUGAUUGUUGGAGAAAUUGCUAAUUUUGCAGCUUAUGCGUUUGCUCCAGCUAUUCUAGUCACUCCUCUUGGUGCACUUAGCAUAAUCAUAAGUGCUGCUCUUGCACAUAUUAUAUUACGGGAGAGGCUACAUAUUUUUGGCAUUCUUGGCUGCAUACUUUGUGUUGUUGGAUCAAUCACAAUUGUUCUCCAUGCUCCACAGGAGCGUGAGAUUGAUUCUGUGAAGGAAGUUUGGGAUCUUGCUACUGAACCAGCUUUUCUAUGCUAUGCAACUAUAGUUAUUGCAGCAGCAUUCGUAAUUAUAUUUCAUUUCAUCCCUAAGUAUGGGCAGACACAUGUUCUGGCAUACCUUGGUGUUUGCUCUCUCGUAGGUUCCUUAUCGGUCAUGGCUGUCAAAGCUCUUGGAAUUGCUCUGAAGUUGACAUUUUCAGGAAUGAACCAAUUAAUAUAUCCCCAAACAUGGGCCUUCACUAUAAUGGUAGCUAUUUGUGUGGUUACCCAGAUGAACUAUUUAAAUAAGGCACUUGAUACGUUUAAUACAGCAGUUGUGUCGCCAAUAUAUUAUGUGAUGUUUACAUCAUUAACUAUUUUGGCUAGUGUGAUCAUGUUCAAGGAUUGGGAUCGGCAAAAUCCAACACAAAUUGUUACAGAGAUGUGUGGCUUUGUGACAAUUCUCUCUGGGACAUUUCUCCUUCACAGGACGAAGGACAUGGUUGAUGCAGGUGGAACAACAUCUCUUUCUAUGCGACUCCCAAAGCAUGCCGAUGAGGAUGGCCUUACACCUGAGGGCAUCCCGCUGAAGCGGCAGGAAUCGUUGCGAUCACCAUGAUGUAUUCAUUGCUGUGAUCUCUGAUCUCCACCAAAUUUCCACACUUGGGGCAGCUCAUCUGUCACCCUGCAUGUAGGAGAAGUCCUAUACUCUUUUUGCAGUUUUGAAGAAAGUGGUAUAUUUGGAUACCCUACUGAAGCAUUAGGUAUUCACCCCUUCUGGGAGAGAAAUUGGUGCAUAUCUAUGCGGAUAACAGCAGUUAUAGUCUUGAAUGUUUUUAGCUUCAUUUGCCAGGAAGCCCACUGUCUUAAUCUUUGGUUUGGCGACACUCUUAGAUACCAAAACAUUCUAUGCUUUAACGGUGGUGCCUCAAUUUUUAGCAUUGUCCUCA